AUGCAUGUUGCAGCGUCGAUAGUCCCCUCGGCAGGGCUUUCUUUGAGUGCUUACAAUUAUGAUAGUGCACAUGGGAAAAAGGCUUUGAUGUUGAUGUAUAGUGGAAUUAUGGAGCAGGAUACUCUGCCAGUUGUACCUCCAGGACGUUCAUCUGAAAAGCCAGAGACAGUUCAAGAUUUUAUAACUAAGGCAAAAGUUGCUCGUGUCUGUUGGAAUAGUAAUGGGAAAGACUAUGGAAAGUUGUCUGGACAUAUGAUUGAUUUAGACAUGCAUGAUGUCGGGCGUUUCCUCAAUCGGAUCUUAGGACUGCCACCUGAGAUUCAGAACAGUCUGCAAGUACCAUGCUUGAGGAGAAGCAAAAGGAUGGGCUUGGUUCUUCGAAUGAUGGAUUCUAUGAAUCUAAGAGGGAGUGGUUAG